UCAUUGAAUGGCAACACAUCACACAACUCUUUUCAACUUCUUGAAAACCCUCCCAUCACCAGGUCUAUUGUUGAGAUUGAUUGCAUGCCAAUUAGGUAAUCGAAUCUUUACCUAAUUCGCCAGCCCCUUGAUCCACAAACAGUAAUGCACGAAGCUUUUCUUACUUGUACUCAGUUUCAGUAUCCACUCAAGCAUAAAAAGAUCAAACGAARUCGUGAAUAGGAAGCCUCCUCACACAGUUGCAAGAACAGCACCCAAAAAUCCCACUACAAGAUUCCAAUCUACCAAGGAAACAUAAWUUUAACAACAAAUACAAAAUGAAGACUGUCUCAUUCUCGACAUUUCUUUCGCUGAUUGCCAUUUCCGUUUCCGGUGCUGAAGCUUUYGCACCGAAUGGACGUGCGUUCGUGGCACAUUCGACACAACAACUUCUGAACAAUGACCCUUUCCUCGUGCGAGGCGGUGCUCAACAGCAAUUGUUGAGAAAAGAGCAACCAAAGAAAAACUUUCGGUAUAAAUCUGUAUCCGCCUCGGUCGGAGCGUCCGACGGCAGCAGCAGCAGCACUAACUUGUUGCAGGGCCUAGCCUCUGCGCCCCUCACCAAAGCCGUCCUUUCGUCCACCCUUUUUGUCUUYACCGACUUGGUCAUCAAGAACCUCUUUAAGACGAAGGGUAUUUCCUUCCCGUCUUCUCUAGCCGGUUGCUGCUUCCUGGCGGCCUCGCUUUUGGCCUCGCCCUUCCACGAAAAACUCUAUCGCAUUCUCAACCCGGGGGCGAAGCUCAUGCAAAAGUUUAUGAUGAUCUUCUUGGUUCCAAACCUCAUCGUCUUGCCUCUCUGCGGGGGAAAUUAUUCGGCACUGGAGGUAAGUCAACGCAAAAUUUGUUUCUGAGAAGUUGCAAACUCUCGAAAAUUUUGAAGAAUUUGCGAUUUUUUGUCGUGGUGAAAGUCUGAAUCCAACGAAGCAGGUGGACUAUUAGGAAUUAACKAUUUCAACAAAAUAGCAUAUUGCGAGGGAUUCCAAAGCCUAUGGGGUGCUGGCAUGCUGCGAAGAACCGAUUUCUCCCAUCAAAUUUUAUUUUCUAAAAUGCUGCUAUAUUGUUAUUUAUUUUUUGUCCAUUUUUCAACGAUCGUUGACUCUCCCUCGUGCUCCAAAACACCAACGCUCUUCAUUAAAGAUGGCAAAAAUCACUACAAUCAUCCUCGGGGGAUUCCUUUUUUCCUUGUUGUCGACAUGYUAUUCAGUUACAGCAGUUUCCAAGCUCUUUGGAACCAACACCGGCGACGCAUCAACCUCUGCCACCAGCACCGAAACUGCUGCAGUUUCGUCUCACGCCAAAACAGCUAAGCCCAAGGCCUUUUCGGACGAGCUUACUUAUGGAUCCCGUGCACUUAUGGUUCUCUCGGGAGCCGCUGCAGCGAUCUCCAGCAACGUCGGAAGCACUCUCACGACACCAUUGAUGGCUCUGAGUAUGCUGGCCGCAACCGUACACAACUUUGCCUUUGGAGCUCGCCAGUCUAAGAAAUUCAUCAAGGUCUUCCAUCCGUUGGUGUCGUGCACCGUUCUUUCUUGGGUCUGGGCCACUAUUCUCGGAUGGACCACCGGUGGUACCCUCACCUCCAUGCUCCAGGGAUACCGCGCCGGCGGACCUAUCAGUCUGGCCGCCUCCGGGGCCGGUGACUACUUGACAUUUGUCUUGGGACCUGCCGUUGUAAGUUUGGGCGUUAGCAUUUACGAACGACGUGUCCUCAUCAAACAAAAUAUCAAGGAGGUCCUUACUGCCACCUUUGUCUCCUGCGUUGGUGGGCUCUUCGGAACAGCGGCCGUCGUCCGAAUCAUGGGAUUGGCAUCGGCAGAAUUGCGUUUGAGCAUGCUUCCCCGCAACAUCACAUCCGCCUUGGCCGUUGCCAUUGCCGACAUUGUCGGCGCCAACAAGUCCCUCGCGGUCGCGAUUGCUAUCGUGACGGGAUUGAUCGGUGCCAACUUCGGUGCCAGUCUCCUCGACCUAUUCGGAAUCAAGGAUCCCAUCACCCGCGGUCUUGGAAUUGGAUCCGCCGCCCACGGAUUGGGAACGGCUGCCUUUGUCGACGAAAAGGAUGCAUUUCCUUUCGCCGCUAUUUCCAUGGCACUGACGGCGAUCUGUGGAACCCUCUUGGUCUCCGUCCCAUCCGUCAAGGCUCUCGCCAUACGCAUUGCCCUUGGUGGACUCGCUUAAAAAUAACAGACAUCGGACAGAUGAAGUAAUCAAAUAUUAAACAACUUAUCACUGAACGUCUAACAUCCACACGGCGCAAAUCAGCAUCGUCCUCCCAGUGAUAAAGAAUGGAGACCAAUGCUGUGGAAUAUUAGUUUGUGGAAUUGUCACAUAGUGACGAUCUCGGCAUCUACAUUGCUGCGUUUGUUCUUUCGCGGUACAUGUCCUGGUUAGUAUUUCAUCGGUAAUUGAUCGAACAGGUCCAAUAUCUGAAGGGUUACUCAAGGUCAGCGUGUUCUGAAUGAUGAUGCGACUAACGAAUAAUCCGAUGACAUAUUUUUUGAUCGCAUUCUCGUAAUGAGUCAAAUACUUAAAGCGUGUUGGACUUCUGUAACAUAUUAUUUUACUCUUUUCUCCUUGCAUUAUAUCAUCGCUUCAAUUUGUUAUCAUAUUAUGUUCUUGUGAGACUUGUUGCUUUCACUAGUUCUGCAGAAGUUGAACAGCCGCGAAACAGCUGGGGCGAAACAGUGGAAGUUGGUGACACUUGUAGACUCACAUUCUAGAGCCGUACCGGAACUCUUCCGGGAAGCACUUCUUCGUUUUGAAGAAAGCACUAAUGCCGUGCAUAUUUUAUCUGAUAGCCUUUUUUUCUUUGUUUGAGUUUGUUGCACUAUUCUUUCGUUUUCAUCAUCUUCUUCUUUGUCGGAAUAUAUGUUGUAUUCAAAUAAUUGGUUGUAUGCCGAACCCGUCAUAGGCUUGAUUUUGAUUAUCUUGCCAUCUUUUACGGUAGCAAAGGAAUGGAAUAUACAUAGCUGAUUCUCCUCACUACUAGUGUAGUAAUCCACUAGCUGAUACGUAUAGUGAAAAGAUUCGUUGUCCAAGACUUCCAUCACAAUGUCUUCAACUUGUAAACCCCUAUCGAAAUUUCUUUUUAUUUGGUACGCCAGGAAAUCUCCUUUAUAUGAUCGACCGUUCAGUUCCAUUCGUAUUUCAGGAUCAAAUGCAUCGUGAAAUAAGGAGUCAACAAAGGAACUGGACCUAUUGUAGCUUUUCAACAGGAUCUCAAGCUUGUCCAUUGCCAUACGGCAUGAGGCGGGCUUUGUCAUAAUGGUAGUUUUCUUUUCCGGAAAUAAUGGUAGUGCGGAGACUUUUGCUGUUAUGCUAGCCGUUGUGACUGCUGUAUCGAUAUUGUGCAUUUAUCUUCCGAGAUUGAAUCUUCGUGCGAUAACUUCAGUCUUSGAGAGGAUAGAUGCAGAAGGUGGAGCGCCAUAUGUACAGUAGGGCAACUUACUUGUCAGUUUAGUUCCCAUUUUAAUGUAAUGCACGAGCUACUAAAAACCAAAAAGUGGCGAAGAUGAGUUGCCUGAUACAUAAAUGGAAACCCAGAUUUCAGUUUUUGUAAGUAAAGAUAUUACGUUUGUAGAAUGCAUCAAGCGAUGAAGAUGAUUGCGUUAUUUACUGUACCCUUCAACCACACGGUACGUCAGUUCGUGGUUCGGCAAGAGCUAUGAUUAAUGAUUACAAUAUUUCUCGUGUGAUGCACGCUAAAACUACGAGUUUCGUACUUUUUCCAUGGGUUACCGUUAUUUGUUUGGACGUCAGGCAUGUCUACUAGAGCUACUAAGUACUAGAGCUAUUAAAGGCAAGCCCCGUAGUGGCAAGUUAUUGGCAAUUCCCCGGGUGUCAAUUUUUUCUCAUUUUCCCGUCUUUAUUUCCCCUCUCCCCCCCCCUCCACACAAAAAACUAUGAAGUCCUAAAAUAUUUCUAUUGGUGCUCCUUACUACUGGGGAUAUAAAAUCAGUGGUUACUACUUGAGAAUUAAUAUUAGUGCUUACUACUGGAUCACCUCCAUUACUACUUACUAGUUKGGAUGCVRUAGUAGUGAAAACUGCAAACUGCUGGGUAAGGGGGUUCUGUUGGUGCUGCGAGAGGCACUAAUAUUAAUUCUYAAGUAGUAACCACUGAUUUUAUAUCCCCAGUAGUAAGGAGCACGAAUAGAAAUAUUUUAGGACCAGCGAGAAAUUAAACAAUGGAAAUAUUUUUAUUUUCGUCCGUUGGAUGCCUUUUUUAACUGAUUUUAACUGUAAAAAUGAGCUAAAAAUUUCUAUUAGUAUUUGUACGGGGAUUGCCAAUAAYUUGCCACUACGGGACUUGCCUUUAAUACUUCUACUAAAYACUGGCUCUACACCAUACGCRAUGAACUGAUUYGUGAAAUAUUACUGAAAUAGUUACUAUUAGUUCUAUUAUUUUUGGAACCGAUGCAUUAAGUGCGUACUGUGCGUCAUCCCACUUUUCCUCCACGUCGUUUCUCUCUCUCUCUCUCUCGGACAUCACGAAACGACGUAUUCUCCUUUCAUUUCAUUUCAUUUCCUUUCAUUUCAUUUCAAACUACGCCUUCUUCCACUCAAGUAGAAUAUUUGUUCCAAACUGCCAACUCCAAUUUGAAAAUAUUCUGACUUAUUCGUAUACAAUUUCAGUCAGAAAAAUGAAGUUGAAAAAGUGUACAGUGAGAUUCAGCCCAACACAAAAAGACGUUAUUUGACGUCCAACCAAUGCAGCAGGUGUAGUAGYAAUGGUAUAGGGCCCAGUGGUAUUGGCAUUCCUACUAGUAAUGGUAGUYAGGAAAAAAUGAUAACUUGUUUUGAAAGUUUAAAUGUAAAUGAGCAACUUGAUGYGCUCGGCAAAAAUACAAACAAUAAGAGUAGUAGUACAGGCAUGUUUKGUUCUCUGGAGUGACUACAUUGAUAUCAAGUAUUCAGUUCCGGAGGAUGAGAUAGAAGUCAGAUCAUGCUCGGUAGCUUACAUGUUUGCUSRAGUUCUUUUCUCAGAGAGAGUAUUGUUUUUCGGCUCAUCGUUUUGUUAGAUUUUCCACAGCUGUCAAUUCUGCAAAGAACUUGGAAUGUUUCGGGCCUUCCUCCAUUGGCGUUACGUCGUUUGCUGCCGCGCAGACAACUUUUUCGAAUAGAGUUACUUGACACGCCAUAACUAUGCGUCGAGGUUGUCCCAGUUGGAGCCGUUGGUUUUUGAGUCGAACAAAAAGAAGGGACGUGUAGAUGAGGUAUAAGCAGUGGACUUUCGGGCGGUAGGCUGACCAGACUUCCACAUGAUGGCAAUGACGUAAUGGUCUGGCUUCUAGUGCAUUCAGUGUAAGUCUUUGGUUUUUCCUGUGAUUGCUCGACACUUCCCCCGGYGACACAGUUCGGGAGGCCACUGCUCGUGCUCGUAGAAAUAUUGAGAACGUCAUUGUUGCUCCUAGACGAGUCAUUUGGUGUAUUGGUUCUGAGUUUGGUCGAACUGAUGAUGGAUUUGAAAACACUGAGUUUUAGAGACUCGACGUGUUGGGGUGACGACGAAAUGCAAAGUUCGCUUUGCUGGAGCAAGAGGCAUCGACUGCUUGCGGUGCGAAUCAUGAGCUUGUGGAGCUUUUCGAACUCCCGAGCCGAAGAUUUAGCACCUUUUCCCUUUGUCCUUUUGUUCGUUCUUCUCUUCUUUAGAUUUCUUCUUCUCUUUGGCGAUGACUGGGGGUUGGAGAGUUGAUGCGAUUCUUGUGUGUUGGGCGAAGGCGUUCCGACGAUUGAAGAUACGUCGGAAAYCACGGAUCUUUCUUGCCAACCAAAAUCUACUUCUGGUGACAUACUCUUUAUCGAUCCUUCUCCUAUCUGGGCACACAUAACGCUAGGAUCAGCUGAUCCAUCAUCAAGGUUCAGGGUGGUACAUAUAGAGUAGAAGGAUGGAAUAGUUUCAUCAUCCAUUCUUUCAUUUUCGUCAGAAAAGUAAACCGAUGUGUUAUCG